AAUCAAGUUAUGUCCUCAACAGAAAAGCAAAGAAACAGAAAGACGCUUUCAAAAACUAUGGAGACGGAGAUGUCUGAAAGUGAAGAUGUAAAAAUUGAAAUACGUGGCGAUAAACCACAACCGGCCAACAAAGUUAACGACGACAUUGUCCAGGAGUGGGAAGUUUGCAUUCAAAAUAACGAAACCACCCAACGUCCAGAACGCAAACGACAAAUGGAGAAAGUACCUCCACUGCUCUUAAAAGGCGAAAAAGGUGGAAGAAACCGCCAAUAUUACGCGCCGGCGGUGGUUUCGCUUGGUCCUUACCACCAUAAACGAGACGACCUCGCUGCAGCCGAGAAAUACAAGCUCAUAACCCUCGAGGAGUAUCGUUUGAGCUGCAAAAAAACCACGGAUUCGUUAUACAACAAGGUGUUCAAGGUUGUACACAAUGCUAGAAAGUGCUAUAUCGAUGGUUCUACAGAUGAAUACAACGAUGAGGAGUUUACUCGAAUGAUGUUGCGUGAUGGUUGCUUCGUUUUGUUCUUUAUAGAGUGUGUUGCUUGCCGAAACAAGAAGUCGAUGCUAAAUAAUGAGUAUUUAGGAGCACUAGGCUUCGCGCAUGUAUCUCGUGAUGUUUUGUUGCUCGAGAAUCAAAUCCCGUUUGAAGUUCUCAAAGUGUUGUUGGAUUUGCGAUUCCCGGUUGAUAGAAGCGAAAAGAUCUUAAAUGGGUUCUUUAACUACUUGAACUAUGGCGAAAUCACCACAAGGGAAGAAAAGGUGCUUGAAAAUAAGCAACCACUUCAUCUUCUCGAGCUUUAUAGGUCCUAUUUCAUCUCGCUUUCCUCUUUUGGUCAUUCGGUUAAUUCGGGCAUGUGGCAAAGAUGGAGAAAAAAGAUCGACGUUGAUGCCGAUGAAGAUUGGAAUUAUGUGAAGCGAAAUCGAUCCUUUGCAUCAGUUACGGAAUUGAAAGCUAAAGGGAUAUUUGUGAAAUGCAGUUACGAUGAGUCUUCUAAUGAAGACAUCAAGUUUCAUUCACGUUGUUGUUAUGGUGAUCUUGAGCUUGUGCGCAGAGCAGUGUCCUCGAAUUCAAAAUCUAUUUACUUGAACAUGAUCGCUUACGAGAUGUGCCCUCAUAAUCCUAACGACUUUCGAGUUUCGACUUACAUUAGAAUAAUGAAAUCUCUGGUUAUUCAUCAUGAUGACGUGAAGGAGUUACGAAACAACAACAUAUUGAUUCAUAGUCUUGGUAGAGAUGAAGAAGUGGUGAAGAUGUACGAUGAGAUUGAGGCGCCGGCGGUGAAUCUUUACAUGUUUUACCAGCUCCGGAGAGGUAUUGAGAAGCAUUGUACUAACAAGUAUAAGACGUGGGCGGCGGAGCUGAUUAACGUCUACUUUAGUAGUCCAUGGAAGACGGUGGCUUUGUUGGUGGCUACUGCUAUUCUGUUCACUAGUUUUCUGCAAACUUACUUCUCCAUCAAGCCACUUCCAGAUGACUCCAAUGGGGAUAUUAUCAAGCUUCUGAGACAUUGCAUACACUCUAAACCUCCUUCUCCACCUUGA